GCUGCCGAGCAGUUUCCGGUUCUCUGGUGUGAAGGUCGCCAUGUCGGAACCACGACCUUUGCUGCGGAUUUUGUGCCUGGCCGGCUUUAGACAGAGCGAGCGCGGCUUCCGCGAGAAAACCGGGUCUCUGAGGAAGGCGCUGCGGGGCCGCGCUGAGCUCCUGUACCUCAGCGGCCCGCACCCCAUCCCAGGGCCCGCCCCUCCGGCUGGGUCCUAUUCCCCGGAGGAAGACCCUCGAGGUUGGUGGUUCUCGGAUCCGGAGGCAGCCGUGUUCUCCGCCCUAGAGGAGCCCGCUGAGUGCCGUGGCCUGGAGGAAGCUUUGGGUGUAGUCGGCCAAGCAAUGACCAAGUAUGGCCCCUUGGAUGGACUCCUUGGUUUUAGUCAAGGGGCGGCAUUAGCAGCCCUGGUGUGCGCGCUGGGGCAGGCGGGUGACCCCCGCUUCCCCCUCCCUCGAUUUGUCAUCUUGGUUUCAGGUUUUCGCCCGAGAGGCCCCAAACUCGCAGUGCCUUCCCCGCAGGUACCCCUGUUGCUACCUUCACUGCACGUGCUGGGAGAGAAUGAUAGAGUCAUCCCUACUCAGGAGAGUCUUGAGCUAGCUGGGUGCUUCUCUGGGGCAGUCACUCUCUCCCACCCUGGUGGCCACUUCAUUCCAGCAGCUUCUCCCCAGCGCCAAGUAUAUCUCAAGUUCCUGGACCAGUUUACAAAGUGAGAUUUCUGGGUUCCCUUGACCCUCUGUCCCCGCAACCUAUCAUUGAGGAUACUUGAAGCUCAUGGCCAGCCACUCUUUUGCCAGCAAGCUUGACGUGGGUAUAGCUCCUAGCCUUCAUCGAUCAG